ACGAACCCGUCUCAAUCCUCUCCCUCCAGCAGGAACACUGCUGCUUAACCACUCCAAUGACCUGCACUUGUACUCCAAAACGACCACCAUGCCAAAUCAAACAUCAUCAUCUCUUUAGCUUACUUCGCAACAACAACAUUAACUCCUCCUAAUCCUCAAUACUAAGAGUCCUGCAAAUACUCUCCUCCAAGUGAGACAAUUUUUUGGUACAUGUGCAUGCACAUACUUGCUAUAGAGAGAGAGAGAGAGAGAGAGAGAGGGAGCAAUCAUCGCUACGAAUUCGAGGAAGAGUUGAGUUUAAAACAUAACAUGUCAGGCCGCAUCCAUCCAUCGACAGCUCUAGCAGAGACGGUGUCCUGGUACUGUGCCUUGUUCCUGGCUUUAAUGUUGGUGUUAAGCUGCUGUGAAUCAACUGAGGAGGAGUUUGAAGUGCAACAGCAGAGGCAGCAAAUAUUAUCCUCAUUACUACUUGAACAGCCGUGUGAUGAGAUUUAUGUGGUACGCGAAGGAGAGACUCUGCAUACUAUCAGUGAAAAAUGUGGGGAUCCUUACAUCGUUGAGCAGAAUCCCCAUAUUCAUGAUCCAGAUGAUGUUUUCCCUGGGUUAGUCAUCAAGAUCACCCCUUUCACAAAUAUGUAGAUGUUUCUCCUUUUAAUUUAUUCUUAAGCUCGUAUGUUUGUUGCUCUUCUGUUUUGUUGAACCGGAUGUUGAGGUUCAAUGCCAAUAGCCCCAUGGCCCUCCCUCCUCUGUUUUUCUUUUUCAGGCAAUACAUUAUUUUGAUUGUGCGUGAACCACGGCCUGUGGCAGCUUGUCUUGCUAGUUUCUAUGAUGAAAUAUGCAAUUGGAUGUUACUAUUUCAUCA